AUGUCAUCUAAACAUCAAAAAAUUGUAUUACCAUACAUAAUUAAAUAUGUUCCUAAAGAAUUGAUCAAAAAUAAAAACGUCAAUUUGUAUGGAUUUGAUUUGGAUCAUACAAUUAUUAGCCCUAAGUCAGGAUCUAUUUGGCCUCGAGAUAGUCAUGAUUGGAAAUAUUUAAAAUUUUGUGAUAAAUUUGAAACUAUUGAUGAAUUGUUUCGUAUCAUUGAAGAGGAUGAGCAAAAUGUAAUUAUUAUAUUUACUAACCAAGGAGGCGUUGUUAGCGUACCUAGUACGUCUAAGAGUUGUUUAAAAUUUACUAAUAAGAUUGAAGAAAUACUAAAAGAUAUUUCAGAAAGAAGUAAGAAAAAUACAAAGGGGAAUUUAAUUGAUCGUAUCUGGAUUUAUGCAUCCACUAGAGAAUCUGCAAGUAUGAAAAAACUAAAUAAUAAAAAAUCAAAUGGUAAUGAUAAAAAACCAAGUGGGAUUGAUAAAUUUAUCAAAAAAAAAAAGAAGGAAAAGACUGUUGAAAAUAAAGUGAAAAAUACAACUUUAAAAGAGAAUGUAUUUACUUUGAUGAGAAAACCUAAUAUUGGUAUGAGCCAAGAGUUUGUAAAAGAUUUAUUGAAAAAUAAAGGAGAUGUGGAAUAUAAAUGGAUAUAUUAUUGUGGAGAUGCUGGCGGUCGUCCAAAUGAUCAUAGUGAUAGUGAUUUACAAUUUGCUCAGAAUUUAAAUAUUGAGUUUAAAACUCCGGAACAAGUUUUUUCAACAGAAUAG